CCAGGAACGGGCGGAGUAGUGGGGUGUGGAGAGUGGGAGGGGACGUCUCCCGGGGGGUGUGUGUGAAUCGGGGUCUGGGGCGGAAGGACCCCCCCAGGGAGGCGGGUCAGGCUGAGGGCUGCCUCUGAGUCCCGGGUGGGUGGCGGGGGGGAGGGGGAAGACGGGGGGGUGGCGGCUCCCUCGGGACCCGGCGCGGGCAGCGCGAUGAGGCGGGUCACCCUGUUCCUGAACGGCAGCCCCAAGAACGGCAAGGUGGUCGCUGUCUAUGGAACUCUGUCAGACUUGCUUUCUGUGGCCAGCAAUAAGCUCGGAAUCAAAGCAACAAGUGUGUAUAAUGGAAAAGGUGGCCUGAUUGAUGACAUUGCUUUGAUCAGCAGAUGCUCUCGUGUUCCGGGGCUUGACACAGCGAGAGAUGAUGAUGUUCUCUUUGUAUGUGAAGGGGAACCCUUUAUUGACCCUCAGGCAGAUAUGAAACUAUCUGAAGGCCCAACAGGAUCGCAUACAGACUGGCUGACUCUAAACGUAGGAGGACGAUACUUUACAACCACAAGGAGCACUUUAGUGAAUAAAGAACCUGACAGUAUGCUGGCCCACAUGUUUAAGGACAAAGGUGCCUGGGGAAAUAAACAGGACCACAGGGGAGCUUUCCUAAUUGACCGAAGUCCUGAGUAUUUUGAACCCAUUUUGAACUAUCUCCGUCAUGGACAGCUCAUUGUAAAUGAUGGCAUUAACUUAUUGGGUGUGUUAGAAGAAGCCAGGUUUUUUGGGAUUGAUUCAUUGAUUGAACAUCUGGAAGUGGCAAUAAAGAAUUCUCAGCCACCGGAAGACCACUCCCCAAUAUCUCGCAAGGAGUUUGUGCGGUUCCUGCUAGCCACGCCAACCAAGUCAGAAUUGCGAUGCCAGGGGCUAAACUUCAGUGGUGCUGACCUUUCUCGGCUGGACCUUCGCUACAUCAACUUCAAGAUGGCCAAUCUAAGUCGCUGCAACCUCGCGCACGCGAACCUCUGCUGUGCGAAUCUCGAGCGAGCCGACCUCUCCGGAUCAGUGUUGGAUUGUGCCAACCUGCAGGGGGUGAAGAUGCUCUGUUCCAAUGCCGAAGGGGCCUCUCUGAAGCUGUGUAACUUCGAGGAUCCUUCAGGUCUUAAAGCCAACUUGGAAGGUGCCAACUUGAAAGGUGUGGAUAUGGAGGGAAGCCAGAUGACGGGGAUCAAUCUUCGUGUGGCUACGCUAAAAAAUGCAAAAUUGAAGAACUGCAAUCUCCGAGGAGCAACCCUAGCAGGAACCGAUUUAGAGAACUGCGACCUCUCGGGCUGUGACCUCCAAGAAGCCAACCUGCGAGGCUCCAACGUCAAGGGCGCCAUCUUUGAGGAGAUGCUGACCCCGCUGCACAUGUCCCAGAGCGUCCGAUAAGGGCCGCGGCGGCGGGGGAGCGUCUCCCUCCACCUACUCCUAGUCUAGAAGAAGUAACUGUCAAAGCCGUUAGACAAUAAUGUAUAUUCUCAGUAGUGCCUACGGGGGUGUCCCCUUUGCCUCCGCUGUAAAGAGGACGCACGGACCCACGAGCCGCCUGAACAUGAGCCUCCCGGAGGAGGCGUGCUUUGGGAUGGGCUUGUUCUGGAGCCCUCGUGGCGCGGGGUUCACCGAGGGGCAGUCCAUGAAAAGCACAACACAUGCCCUGGUUGGCUCUCGCCACGCAGUCGGGGGGUGAGCGUUCACGGGUGUGCGGGGGGGGCCGGGGGGCUGCUCCUGCCCCUCGUGGCCUGUCGACGCAGCGCUGCGCUCCCCAGGCCUCUCUUUUCAGGUACAUUUUCAUACUGUUUAUUUUUCCGAGCAACACAACAGCUAAACUAAAGAAAUUCUCAGUUCUCACUGAGGGGGCGGGCGGGGGCUUCAUCCUCUGGCUCUGAAUUCAGGUGACGGGAUGGAGCGGAGGGCUUCGAGCGGGAGGAGCGCCUUCCCCCUUGGCUCCACGCGCACCUCCCCCAUCCCGAAGCAGACAGCGAGUGGGUUUGCACCGGCCGGCCGGCCGGCGGGGAGCGAUGCUCGUAUAACCAAAAAGAACCCAACCAUCACGGUGCAUCAUUCACCGCAGGUGCUGAGCCCUGUAGACAAUCGCCGCGGAGGAGGGUGGUGAAGGCACUCCAGGCCCGGAGCAGCGAGCCUUGGGCAGAGGGGAGAGGCGCGCGUGUGUCGUGGGGGGUCGCCGCGGUCCGGGCCCCCCGCCUGGCGCUCGGCCCGAGCAGGGGCUCUUCUACAUAUGCAAAGCUUUCCUCGUGGAGGCAGAGCGGAGCCCUCGGGAGCUGCGGGAAAGCGACUUCGAAAAGGAGUUAUUUUCUUUGCUUUAUCAUUUUUUAUCGAGACAGAGAAGCAGAAUAUUGUAUUGAAAGAGCUCUAUUUUCAUAAUCAGUCUGUGUGCAAAGUCUAGGUCACCAAUUCCUUCCGUCUGUCCAGAAUGCGUUGUUGGUUCACCCAAAGGUACCUCUUGGGACGGGACUUCACGCUGCAGGCGGCUCCAGACCUGGUCUGCUUCCCGUCUGCAGGGUUCGAGUCUACCGUAACGUGUAUCAAUAAAAGGCCAUCCAGGA